GGGCGGAGCCAGCAGAAGGGACGGCGGCGCUGACAGUUGGGCAGGAUGUCGGCGAGGAGGCGCAUCGGGGACCCCGAGUUUUUGACCAAAAGGAUCCCACAGAAUCCUAAAUACCAGCAUGUAAAAACUCGCCUUGACACAGGUAGCAGUAUGACAAAAUACACUGAAAAACUGGAAGAGAUCAAGAGAAAUUACAGAUACAAGAAAGAUGAACUCUUCAAGAGGCUGAAAGUGACCACGUUUGCCCAGCUGGUGAUCCAGGUGGCUUCUCUAUCCGAUGAAAACGUAGAAGUCUCACCGGAGGAAAUUCAGAAGCUGGACGAAGGUGAUGCUACCCCUGCGGACAACAAUGCGGAAGUUGCAGCAGAGACCAACGGCAAAGACAGCCCUGGCGAGAAACCGGCCAGUCCCAUCCUGUUCAUCAACAACACCGGGGCUGGCGAGUCCUAUCGUUCCACCUUACAGAGUGUGAUAAGCGGCGUCGGCGAGCUGGACCUGGGCAAGAACGCCCCGAAAAAAACUGAGUCACGUUCGCGGACUGAACCUUAUCCUGACUGCCCCUUCUUGCUGCUGGACGUGCGAGACCGGGACGCGUACGAGGGCUGCCACAUUAUUGGAGCAUACUCCUACCCCAUCGCCACGCUGUCCAGAACCAUGAACCCAUACACAAACGACAUCUUGGAAUAUAAAAACGCUCACGGGAAGAUCAUCAUUGUUUACGACGACGACGAGCGAAUAGCCGGCCAGGCGGCCACUACCAUGUGCGAGAGGGGCUUCGAGAACUUAUUCAUGCUCUCUGGAGGUCUCCGCGUCAUCGCCCAGAAGUUCCCCGAAGGCCUGGUCACCGGCACAUUUCCCGCCUCUUGCCUGUCAGCUGGCCAGCCUGGGACUGCCCGGAAAAAAGCAUCUCCCAGGCAGCCCCCGCCCCUACCCUUGGAGAAAAAGUGGAGAUUUACAGCAGAGGAUCUACAAAAGCUACAGUACUACCUAGAAGAGGAGCAGCUGCCUUCAGACACUGCCAGCCGCCUCAGCCGUGGCUCUUCGGCUCGAGACGCCAGGGCCGUUGCCGUCAAGAGCAACCAGCACCUGCCGACCAACACCUCGGCCGUGGCCCUCCCCACCCGCUCCCUCAGCAGCAGCAGCCUGCAGAGCAAGCCGUGGAGAUAAGACGGUGUCUUUUCCCAGCUCAAAUAAAAGAGACUCCCGUUCCCGGGGGCCCUUUGAUCACUACAGCCCGUCUGUCGCUUUUAGGAAG